GCUAUCCUGGUUACCAACCAACACAACGCGCUGGGCACAAGAGAAAACACAGAAAAAAGUCAUUCAUUUUAAAGCAAAUGGCUAACAAAGUCCCAUUUUACGCGGGCAGUAACCUUGGGGUUCUCAUCUGUGUCCCCCCCACAGUGAUAAUCUAACACAACACGAAUUUCAGUGAUAGUUUUGAAAAGUGAUCGAGCCUCUCCGAAAUAUGGGAUAGGAUUAUGUGAACAGCAUCAUCUGCAUCCGCACAAUGGACAACGAGGAGAGCAAGACGUGCCAAGGAGAGAAGCCUGCCUCUGCUGUGGAUGACACUCUGAAUGAAUAUUUAAUUGCCCUCCAGCACAAAAACAGGAUCCUAAAGCGCCUUAAAACCAAAGACCCCAGGGAGAUAGAGCUGGAACGGCUUGAGCAAGGUUUUUCCAUUUAUCUUAACGGAGCCAAUGCUGAAGCCAGUAGGAAGCAGCCCAAGAGCUCUAGUCACAAGUCUGUCACCUCCCCACCUGCUUGGAGGCCUGCACGCACCGCAGAUGUCUGUAGAAGUGCCCACCAGUUAACCGAAGAUAGCUGUAAUCCGGAGCAGACUCACAGGAAGAGGAGCCACACUGCUCCAGGAAAGGUCCAGAGGAAAGAAUGGGUGCAGAACUCUGUCAAAAUUCGAACAGAGGAAGGUCCAAGUUUGCAGAUAUCUCCAGAAAAGCGCUACUCUGAGGAUUUUGAGCCUUAUGAAAGCGUAGACAUGGAGAGCUCCAGUCCACGCUCUCCUCGUAGUCCCUGCUCCCCAAGGGGCGCAUGCAAGGUGUCACGCUCCUUCAGCUCCAGGCCUGAGAGCCAAGGAGGCCAAGCAAGCCAGGAGCACAGCGAGAAGGUGCUUCUCAACCUUGAGGAAGUGAAGGUUCUGCGUCGGAGCCUGGAGGUUAGCAUGCGGCGGAGCAACCGCGGCUCCGCGGGGGAGGAGUCAGACGAAGAGUGGGUGGAGGAGCAGAUUGAGAGGGAGGAGAGCACUGAGAGUCUGGAUGAACUGGGGCUACCUCUUUCAUCCUCCAAGUCCUCCUCUAACCCUCGGCCCAGUGGCUCCCACAGCCAUUUUGACUCCGCAAACCUCAUUGUCCUGGACUUUGGACCCUCACCUAAAGGCCGUAAGAUUGAACGUUCUCUGUCUGCAAAAAGGAAAGAAAAUAUCGACACCUUUAUACCCACCAAGCCUAUGUUGGUGAAGAGCAAGACAUUAGAUAGACCACCAUCAGAAGAGAGCUGGGAUGGUCAGAGGCCAAGAAGUCGAGUGGAAAGGUCCCUGUCAGCGACCAGAAAGGCUUCUGUUGAGGAGCAAGAUUCAGAGGAGAUGGUGUGCAGGGUGCGCCAUGCCAUCCAGAGAGAAAAUGACCCUGUGCAGAGUCCUGAGCUCUUCAGUCGCAGCACGGGCAGGGCACACCAGAUAAUAAAUGGCUUAGUGCACCACAACACCUACGACAAGACUGAGAACAGCGUCACUUUGGCCAUGCAGAGGAUCACUCUUAUGGGCCCCAGGCAACAACAGAAACUGCUGACAGCCUUGGAGAAACUCGAAGCUGGACCCAGCUACAACAUUCCUCAGAGUGUCAAAACAGACUACAGCAAGCAGCCGAGAAGGCAGUCCUCACCAGAGGUCACGCCGGCAUUUUAUAUCACAAUGGAGAUCCUGUCAAACUGGGGGAACGCGUUGCAGGUCGGGCUGACUGAGUUGCAGUUCUUCUGCCUCAGAAACAAGAAGCUGUACGUGUCGGCUCAUGACCUAGACAUCAGGAACGCUGACUACCCGGGGAAUCUGGGUGCGCUUGUCAACGGAAAGGUGAAGACCACCAAAGAGCGUCACAUGUGGACGUGUCCGUUCCACCCUCCCAUCCAGCUCUACUUCAUCAUCAGGAACACGGAGCGCUCCCCAGACUUUGGAAUAUCUCGCAUCAAAAUCUGGAACUACAACAGAGGCCUCAAUGAGCUAGACAUUGGUGCACGGCAUAUUAAGCUGUACCUCAACAGCACUUUGGUGUUCGAAGGUGAGCUGGAGAAGGGCUGCGGCAACCAGGUCUUUGACUACAGCACGACGAUUGAUCUCCAGGAUUUCCAGGUCUCAGAGUCCUUGUUUUCCAGCCCUGUGUCUUCAAGACACAAUCUGCGGGGUGUCAGCCCCCAACGCCAUGAGGACAGGAAUGGUGGAGAGGCCAGCAGCACCCAGCAUUUGAAUCUCCAGCCACAUGAAUCAGGGGGCCAGGCCAUGAUAGACAUGCAGGAGAAAUCACAUACUCCGUUACCAUCAAUCUCUCCUUCACCAGUGGGGGUUUCAUCUUCCUCUCGCCACUCCUCCACACAAAGAAACUCUUUUGACCUCUCUGCCUCUGAAGAGCCCCUCUCUCUCAGGCAGCAGGUGGCUCAGCCACUACCCAUGGAGCAGACGGUCACCACCCAGCCGUCCUCCUCACGGGUGGCCCCCCAGUGGCUUCAGCCCCUAAACAGAGGAGCUCCAGAGGGCUGCGAGGCCAGCAGGGAGAGGCCCCGGUGGCUGGUGCCACAGCACUCCGCAGAUCCCAAAUCACCAUCAGCCUCGUCCUCGUCAGUGCUCCCAGAGCUGCCUUGUAACCCGGGCCGGGUGUGCAGAGGGAUGGAGAGGACAGUGAAUGGGGGUCAGUGGAAGGCGGACUCUCUGGACCUGAGCUGUGACCUGCUGGAGGAGCUCGGGGAGCAAAAGCCAGACAGACCCAUCAGCGGUCGCAGGAGUUCGUUCCGAAACAGUGCAGUAACUGCCAUGCAGGCAGAGGAGCAGCACGUCAGAGCUACAGCACUGUCAAACACAGAGGUGCCACUGUCAUUGGUGAGCACGAGCAGGAGGCAGUGCUUGUCUCGGGCCCAGCUGCACAGCCAGCAGGAUGACACCCUGAUGGAGUCCUGGGACUCCCUCAUUAAGUUCAACCAAUGCCAACGUGGACGCAUCUCCAACAUGGGCUUCGAAGGUGACAUCUUUGAUGAGUUCCUCCAGCGCCAGGGCCGUGGUCCACCCACAGUCCCAGUCAACCACUCCAUGGCACCCAAGAGCCCCCUUUCCUCCUUGACCUCUCAGGGGACACCGUGUGAAGGCCCCGAUGAUGAUCAAUCCAUGGAGCGGGAGGACGAGUUUGAAAUCCCGGUGCUGCCACAAGGCCAAAGGCUGGUCAUCAACAUCCUGUCCACCUGGGGUGAUCGCCACUACGUGGGCCUCAACGGCCUGGAGGUGUUCAGCUCCAGCGGGGAGCCUCUUCGGCCCGCUCACAUCCGCGCUGAUCCUCCAGACAUUAACAUCCUCCCUGCAUACGGCAAAGAUCCACGUGUUGUUACCAACUUGAUCGAUGGUGUCAAUCGCACACAGGAUGACAUGCAUCUUUGGCUAGCCCCGUUCACCCCUGGUCGUAGCCACACCAUCUUCCUGGAUUUUGGAGCUCCCCACCAAGUGGCCAUGAUCCGUGUAUGGAACUACAACAAGUCCCGCAUCCACUCUUUCCGAGGGGUGAAAGAGGUGGAAAUGCUUCUGGACUGCAGGUGCAUCUUCAAGGGAGAGAUUGCCAAGGCUUCAGGGACUCUGUCUGGAGGGCUGGACCAGUUUGGGGACACCAUCCUGUUCACCACCGAUGAUGAUAUCCUGGAGGCUAUGUCUCGUUACGAUGAAACCUUCCUCAGUGAAGGCGAGGGUUCUGAGAGCCUGGUGUUUGAGGAGGAGCUGCAGAGACCACGCACAGCUGAUGGAGAGGGAGAGGAAAGACCAUUCACACAGGCCGGUUUCCGAGAGGAAGACCUCACUUUGAAACUCCACCUCAAUCCCACUGUGAGCCAGUCUGAGGAGAACAUGGAACUUGUUCCUGGGAUGUACACUGGAAAGUGCCUUAGAAUAGAGCUUCUGAUGACCUGGGGUGACUCCCACUACAUGGGCCUUACUGGAUUGGAGGUGGUCGGGAAAGAUGGAGAGAGUUUACCUUUAGACAUCAGCAUGAUGGCUGCCUCACCCAGGGACCUGAACGACCUGCCUGAGUACGGACACGACCUGCGAACGCUUGAUAAGCUUAUUGAUGGCCACAACAUUACCACUGAUGACCAGCACAUGUGGCUGAUCCCUUUCUCCUAUGGAGAGCCCCACACCUUGAACAUUUCUUUCAACAAGGCCCAGACCAUCGCUGGACUCCGUAUCUGGAACUACAACAAGUCUCCUGAGGACUCUUACAGAGGGGUGAAGGUGAUUCACGUGUUCGUGGACAAUGUUGCGAUUUCACCAACGGAGGGGUUCCUGAUCAGGAAGGGACCGGGCAAUUGUCACUUUGACUUUGCACAGGAAAUCCUCUUCGUAGACUUCCUCCAGACGCCCACAGACAACAAGAGUGCUGAAGACUACCACAAAGGAGGCUCGAAGAAACAAGAGCAGGCCAGCAUGGACUAUGAAGCUCCCAUCAUGCCUUGUGGGUUCAUUUUUCAGCUGCAGCUGUUAACAACCUGGGGAGACCCGUACUACAUCGGUCUCAACGGCCUCGAGUUUUACAACCAGAACCAUGAGAAGAUCAGUCUCAGCGAUAACAACAUCGCUGCUUUCCCAGACAGUGUGAACGUACUGGACAAUGUGAGUGGUGAUGUGAGGACUCCAGAUAAAUUAAUAGAUGGAGUCAACAGUACCCACGAUGGAAGACACAUGUGGUUAGCUCCGGUUCUCCCUGGACUGGUGAACCGUGUGUACGUCAUCUUUGAUCAACCAGUGACGGUGUCCAUGAUCAAGUUGUGGAACUACUCCAAGACACCACACAGAGGAGUGAAGGAGUUUGGGCUGCUGGUGGACGAUCUCUUGGUAUAUAACGGCAUCUUGGACAGCGUAAGCCACGUGGCACGAGGCAUUCUGCCCACCUGUGAUCCAGUGGUGCCCUACCACACCAUCCUGUUCACAGACAAUGCCUACAUAGCACACCGUGAGAGGAACACUGUUAUCAGCCCCCGUGGCAGCCGACACCAACAACAUAAUUAUGUGGAGGAUCAGGAUGUGAAGAUGACCAAUGAGAAUCAGAUAGUCCAUCACAACAAGAAGAAACAGACAGCAGAUCCGGCUCUUCGACCCAAGACCUGCAUGACUGAUGGUGGGAAACACGGAAAGAGGAGGUACUGAGUUACAAAUGAACAGACUGACGUGGAGUCAGUGUUUAUACCAAGUGAGCAAAACUGAAGGGGAAGCUGGGGGGGGUCCAGUGGCUAACUUUACUGCCACUUUCUGGUGGGUGACUUUUGAAAACCUCCCUUAUGUUAAGACCUGAAUCAGCCUCCCAGCCAUGGUUUAUAAUGGCGACUUUACAGUGGCUCACAUGGUCCACACUGCAGAGUACAGAGGCUACACAGAUAACAAUGGGUUUGCACACACACACGCACAGGUUUCCACUUUAUGGUUGGAUUAACUCCCUUUUCCCUUGCUGUGAAAACACACCCACACACCUACAUAUUAUCUUGAACAUGUACUGUGUCAUUGCCCCGGUUGUCUAUCCCACAGUGCCAGGAUGAACCUGUGAGGCUGCAUUUUAUCAGCCCUAUUAUUGUGCCUAGUACUAAACACUAUAUCUGUGGCUGCUACUUGUGACUUUUGUGCUGCAUAUUUAAAUGCUGCUUGUGGCGUGUAAAUAAAUUUAAAAAAAGAAAAGAAAAAGCUCUGAGGCCACAGAAAUACACUCACGUCAGGAUGCAGCUGAUGCUACAUCUCUUAAUGAAUUUUAUCCACUGAUGAGCUUAAACGAUCAGCUCUUUGCCUAAUGGGUAUGAGGACUGACUAACACUCUGCACCAACCAAUGCUAUGCAGGCACUAAUUUAUAUCUAUUAAUAAUUUAUAUCUGUUGGCUAAUAUAUUUUAAAGCCUAAUGGUUUACUUUGGAAAACCCUUCCAGAGAGGUUUUGACCUUUGGAAGAUUUAUAUUUAUGAUUAAAGUGGUCACUGAAAAGGCACAGUUGUCAGAUGUUUGUACAUUUCAACUAAAAUAAAAAGAAAAACUGAAGAUGUGCAACUUCAGAGUACGUUAACAAACUCCACACUUGAAUUUUCAACAUAUAUUUGGCUCCACAUAAUUAGAUCAGUUUUUGUUUUUUGUUUUUUUGCUUAGCAUCAAGUAGAAAAAAAUGUGUUUGCAAACCAAGUGACCUUUAUUAAAGUUGCUAUAAGCUAGUUUUAUUUAUUUGUUUUUGGGGUUUUUUGAGGCAAAGAUUUUUCUUGGAAUUGGAAAAAAAUCUACAUUUUCCAGUUAAGAUUUUGAGUAGAUACAGUAACAAGCAACUUCUUAUAUGCAAGUACUAUAAACUUACCUCAAUUUGAGAAGAAUAAUCUUUAAAAAGGGAUAAAUAUGGUUCUACUUUCACUAUAAUACUUGGUAGUUGGUGUUGUACUAUUCAUUCAUUCAAUAUUUACUGGACUAAAUUGUUGCAUGGGAAAGUUUCUUCAGCAUUAGCUGUUUAUAUCAUCUUAAAAUGUUAGAUACGUUUGUUUGGAGAAGUUGAGCCCCAGUAUAAACUAUUUAAUACUCCUUAUACUUGAAGGGAGUGACUGUAUCUGAAAUGCAGUUUUAUGUAUUUAAUUUCUGUAUGUCCAGCAGCAACAGUAGCCAUUACUCUGUAUCGCAGUCCUGCUCUGUGGGGUGGUGGCUGUCACCCUCUGUGUAACUUUUAGUGUUUUAAAAUAUUUAAUUAUUUUUCUAAUCUUGAUUAAUUAUGUCUAUUUGAUGUAGAUUUAUUUGAAUGAAUAAAAUAAAAAAAAGUUUCAGUUUUCUGAGAA